AUGUCGACUUACUCCUCUCCCGACGAGGAAGAGGACGACCUCGCCCCCUCUGCUUCCACGUCGCAGCUCUUUACUUCUUCUCUCCCAAAUGAAGAGGAUCAGUGGCCUACGCCGGGUCUGACUUCGAACACCGCGUUUGACGCGUACUUCCAACAUGCCUCUGCUCCCGCACGCACGUCCUCCUCAGUCUUCUCUACACUGCUGUCCCCACUCUCGCCGGAAGAGUAUGCUGCAGGACUCGAAUCUGCUACUCGAAGGUUGCGUGCGCUUCCAGAGGUACACGCGAAGAAGUUCCUCCCUGCACAACUGAACCCGAACCUCGGGCUAUGGCACGCACUCAGAUCAUUUUCUCCUUCGCCUAGGACGUUCGAGCAAUAUUACUGGGAGAUGCGUCAGGGCUUUGAUUUGUUAUUCUAUGGACUUGGCUCAAAGCGCGGCGUGAUGAACGCGUUCGCUAAGUUUCUAGCAGGCAAGGGCGCACAUGUCGUGGUGGUAAAUGGGUUCUCGCCGGGGUUCCAGCUGAAGGAUCUGGUAGGCGCAUUGGAAGGCGUCCUGGAUGCUACAGAACUGGAAGGAGAAGACAGCGGUGCUGCUUCAGCAGAAAGCAAGACGGAUGGCAUCGUGCGAAGGGUAUGCAAGGCAUUCUCCGGCAGAGAAGAUACCGAGGGAGAUACCGACGACGACGUCGAAGAAGAGGAAGAAGCACAUAGCGAGUCAGGCUCGCCUUCGCCACACCUCUACCUAAUCCUCCACUCCCAUGAUGCGCCUGCACUGCGUUCCUCACGCGCCCGCACGCUCCUUACGCAGCUCGCCCGUGCAUCCCGCGUGCAUUUCGCCGCGUCUUUCGAUCACAUCGCGUUCCCGACACGACACACACUCUCAUCGCUUUUUGCACCGCGUCCGGUACUCUGGCAUGACCUCACGACACUCGCACCGUACGAUGCCGAACUCGCGCAUAGCGACCCAGCCGCGCUCUCGUCCGCCCCAGUUGGUGCACCGUCUGCGCUAUCCGGAGCCGGAAGUGGCAAUACACGCAAGGGAGCGGUCGUCUCAGAAAGUGCCGCUCGCCAUGUACUUGCGAGCGUGACGCAGAAGGCGCGGAAGCUCUUUGUGCUGCUUGGCAUGUGCCAACUCGAAGUCAUGACCGCCGGCGCUGACACUGCAGGUCCUCCGACGCCCAGCACCAGUGCGGCUGCGAAUGCGGGUGGGGCGGCCGCAGAGGAGGGGAUGGCGGCAUAUGAUUAUGCGCGACUUUUCGGUGCAGCUCGUGAUGCAUUUGUCGCGACGAGCGACGCGGCAUUGCGCGCUCUCCUUGCGGAGUUCCGUGACCAUGGUCUUGUCGUGUCCGUCGCUGGUGAUGCGAGCGGGGGAGAGGCGCUGUGGAUCCCAAUGAGGAAGGAGGCGCUGGCGCGAGUCGUACAGGAGGUCCGGGAGACGGAAGGAGUUAGCUAG